GCCUAUCGCCUGGAGCCUUAUUUAAUACCUCAAUAUGCUAGCAUUCCUGCCGUUCAAUUGUCCGCUUGGCGAUCCUCACUUACUGGCACUAAGGCGUCACUCGCUUCCAGAUUUCGCCCUAGCCAGCCCCAGACUAAGACGCCUUCGCCCACUUUUAACCACACUUCUCUGGAUCCCAGCUUUCCCCCAAAGGCUGCUAUGAAUCAUGCUCUCGGAAACGAGGCUUGUGAAACAGUCCAAUCUGCCGACAGCUCCGGUGGCCUCUUCAGGCUCCGCUUUCCCCGAUGGCCCCUCCAUCGAAAGUCGGGGUCUAUGACUUUUGGAAGCCUCAAUAGCGCAUCCGCGGUUGACGCCUCAAACUUAUCAAGACCUAUCAUUCUGUUUAGGCCACACGACAAUGUCGCCAGGUCUCUGAGCUCAUCAACUGUAGUUCCUGACGAUCAAGCUCCAGAAAGCUUCCGGUCUAGUCUGGCUAUUCAGCAUAGAUUUGGCCUUGCAAAGUCCGCCGCUUUGACCUCCGCU